GGUGCAUCCCUCACACCCACCGGCGCUUCUUCCACGGGCGGAGUGGUGCGGAAAGAAGAGGGAGAGUACUGCGGCAACCGGAGGUGUAGCGGAGGGAGACUAAAUCCCAAAAACCUUACGCGGUGCGGCUCCUUAGUUUUGCCGGCUUCACUGCGAAUCUCACAGACCAGGGAGAGAUCUACGUCCUCUCGCUUGAUGUACUGCCUGUGAUUGUAUUAAUCAAACAGACAUGUUUUUAAAUGCAACAGCCUAAAUGGUUUGAAUGGGAAAGAUAGUCUUUUUAAUAUUGUAUCGCCUGUAAUUCUCUCAGACGAAAUAUAAGACACUUUAUUUUUAUAUCAUAACUAGAUAACCAACUGUCAACUUCGUUCACAAGUUGCUGCUGAGUUUAUGUAGCUUUGAAAAUCCAUCAGAAGGCAGUAUCAGUCUUGAUAAUUGCUGUAAAUAUUUAAAUUCUGAAAAUAAUUUCAACCUCAAGCGACUGACACCUUUGAAGCGUUUCAUCACCUGAAGAGAACCAACUGAAUACGCCAACAUGGGGUACGGACGGUCAGACAGCUACCGCGUGGCCACCACGCAAGACAAGGAUGACUCUCCCAAGAAGAAGACCAAGGGAGGCAAAGAUCUUGAUGAUCUCAAGAAGGAAGUACCACUGACGGAACACAAGAUGUCUGUGGAAGAAGUCUGCCGGAAAUUCAACACUGAUAUCGUCCAGGGUCUGACCAACGCCAAGGCGGCGGAGUUUCUGCUCCGGGACGGGCCCAACGCCCUCACCCCGCCCCCCACCACGCCCGAGUGGGUGAAGUUCUGCCGCCAGCUGUUUGGCGGUUUCUCCAUCCUGCUGUGGCUGGGAGCCAUCUUGUGCUUCCUGGCCUACGCCAUCCAGGCCGCCACGGAGGACGACCCCGCCGGGGACAACCUGUACCUGGGCAUCGUGCUGUCGGCUGUGGUCAUCAUCACCGGCUGCUUCUCCUACUUCCAGGAGGCCAAGAGCUCCAAGAUCAUGGAGUCUUUUAAGAACAUGGUGCCCCAGCAAGCCCUGGUGAUCCGUGAGGGGGAGAAGAUGCAGAUCAACGCAGAGGAGGUGGUGGCAGGAGACCUGGUGGAGGUGAAGGGUGGAGACAGAAUCCCCGCCGACCUCCGCAUCACCUCCGCUCACGGCUGCAAGGUGGACAACUCCUCUCUGACUGGCGAAUCGGAACCCCAGACCCGGUCACCUGACUGCACCCACGACAACCCCCUGGAGACCCGCAACAUAGUUUUCUUCUCCACCAACUGCGUAGAAGGCACGGCGCGUGGAAUCGUGGUCGCAACCGGCGACCGCACGGUCAUGGGCAGGAUCGCCACGCUGACCUCGGGCCUGGAGACCGGCAAGACGCCCAUCGCCAAGGAGAUCGAGCACUUCAUCCACCUGAUCACGGGCGUGGCCGUCUUCCUGGGCGUGACCUUCUUCGUCCUGUCCAUCGUGCUGGGCUACAGCUGGCUGGAGGCCGUCAUCUUCCUCAUCGGCAUCAUCGUGGCCAACGUGCCCGAGGGGCUGCUGGCCACCGUCACCGUGUGCCUGACACUCACGGCCAAGCGCAUGGCGAAGAAGAACUGCCUGGUGAAGAACCUGGAGGCCGUGGAGACACUGGGCUCCACCUCCACCAUCUGCUCCGAUAAGACCGGGACCCUGACCCAGAACCGCAUGACCGUGGCCCACAUGUGGUUCGACAACCAGAUCCACGAGGCCGACACCACCGAGGACCAGUCUGGCUCGUCGUUCGACAAGAGCUCGGUGACGUGGGUGGCCCUGGCGCGCGUGGCGUCCCUGUGUAACCGCGCCGUGUUCAAGGCGGGGCAGGACAGCCUGCCCAUCCUGAAGAGGGACGUGGCGGGCGACGCCUCCGAGUCGGCCCUGCUCAAGUGCAUCGAGCUGUCCUGCGGCUCCGUGCGGCUCAUGAGGGACAAGAACAAGAAGGUGGCCGAGAUCCCCUUCAACUCCACCAACAAGUACCAGCUGUCCGUACACGAAACGGAGGACCCCAACGACAACCGCUACCUCCUGGUGAUGAAGGGAGCCCCCGAGCGCAUCCUGGACCGCUGUUCCACCAUCAUGAUCCAGGGCAAGGAGCAGCCCAUGGACGAGGAGCUGAAAGAGGCCUUCCAGAACGCGUACCUGGAGCUGGGCGGCCUGGGGGAGAGGGUGCUGGGUUUCUGUCACGUCCUGAUGCCGGAGGACCAGUACCCCAAGGGCUUCGCCUUCGACUGCGACGACGUCAACUUCCAGACGGACAACCUGUGCUUCGUGGGCCUGAUGUCCAUGAUCGACCCGCCCCGCGCCGCCGUGCCCGACGCCGUGGGCAAGUGCCGCUCCGCCGGGAUCAAGGUCAUCAUGGUGACCGGGGACCACCCGAUCACGGCCAAGGCCAUCGCCAAGGGCGUCGGCAUCAUCUCCGAGGGCAACGAGACGGUGGAAGACAUCGCCGCUAGGCUCAAUAUCCCCGUCAGCCAGGUCAACCCCAGGGAUGCCAAGGCCUGUGUAAUCCAUGGCACGGACCUGAAGGACCUGUCCCAGGACCAGAUAGACGAGAUCCUGAGGAACCACACCGAAAUCGUCUUCGCCCGGACCUCCCCUCAGCAGAAGCUCAUCAUAGUGGAGGGAUGCCAGAGACAGGGCGCCAUUGUGGCUGUGACAGGGGACGGCGUCAACGACUCUCCCGCUCUCAAGAAGGCCGACAUCGGCGUCGCCAUGGGGAUCUCCGGCUCCGACGUCUCCAAACAGGCAGCCGACAUGAUCCUGCUGGACGACAACUUCGCCUCCAUCGUCACCGGCGUGGAAGAGGGUCGUUUGAUCUUUGACAACCUGAAGAAGUCCAUCGCCUACACCCUGACCAGCAACAUCCCAGAGAUCACACCCUUUCUCCUGUUCAUCAUCAUCAACAUCCCCCUGCCCCUGGGCACCAUCACCAUCCUGUGUAUCGACCUGGGCACUGACAUGGUGCCAGCCAUCUCCCUGGCCUAUGAGGCGGCUGAGAGUGACAUCAUGAAGAGGCAGCCCAGGAACCCCCGUGUGGACAAACUGGUGAACGAGAGGCUGAUCAGCAUUGCCUACGGACAGAUAGGCAUGAUCCAGGCCCUGGGCGGGUUCUUCAGCUAUUUUGUGAUCCUGGCAGAAAAUGGCUUCCUUCCCACGUUUCUUGUAGGAAUCCGGCUCAACUGGGACGACCGAGCUGUGAACGACCUGGAGGACAGCUAUGGCCAGCAGUGGACGUACGAGCAGAGGAAGAUUGUGGAGUUCACGUGCCACACGGCCUUCUUCGUCAGUAUCGUGGUGGUGCAGUGGGCCGACGUCAUCGUCUGCAAGACCAGGCGCAACUCCGUCUUCCAGCAGGGCAUGAAGAACAAGAUCCUCAUCUUCGGGCUGUUUGAGGAGACGGCUCUGGCUGCCUUCCUGUCCUACUGCCCUGGCAUGGACGUGGCCCUCAGAAUGUACCCCCUAAAGCCCAGCUGGUGGUUCUGCGCCUUCCCCUACAGCUUCCUCAUCUUUGUGUACGAUGAGAUACGAAAAAUGCUCCUGCGCAGGAACCCUGGAGGCUGGGUGGAAAAGGAAACAUACUAUUGAUUGGUGAAAUACUUGUAUACUCACCCUCCUUCAUCCUUCAUUUCUUCUGCUUCACAUCACCGCUCUCAAUACGCACCACCAAACGCCCCCCCAUAGAAAACCAAUAGGACAAAAAACACAAAAUGACAGCCACUCCCCUCAAUCACUCACACACUCAGGAUCAGAGAGUUACCAGGGAGGACAAAAAAAAAAGGAAAGGAAAGGAAGCAAUAACCGUCUUCUCUCUCCCCCCGUUGCGUUAUAACCAGAGUCUACAGCAACCCUUUCCGCCCUCUGAACAUGUUUCCUGCCUGUUAUGACACUGUACGUGCGCACAGGAGCGCUGCGCGCACAAAUCAAUACACCUCCGCACACAGCUGCUCGUUGUUUAUGUAAAGGUGAAUGGCCAUUGACUAAUGGGACUGUUCUCAGUUCUGCGAAUAGGACAUUUCCCCCAUGGCAACCUCACAUUUUGUCCUCGAGCGUGUUCCCCUGCUCCGCCCAUGAGCACAGACAUACACUAAAAACAAGAGCCUUAUCGCUGGCCUCAGUCAACGUCUAAUAUUCACCUACUUCUGCUAAAAAAGGGAAAUAGAGUACAUUCUCUCUCUCUCUUUCUCUCUGUGCUCCUUUUUAUCCCUCCAGUUCAGCCACAGUGAUGUUUUUUUAAGGAUUUUAUUUAUAUUUUUCGCUGAACGCUGGGAAGGGGUGUGGGAUAGCUGGUUCCUUCUCCCGGGCAAGGCCAAACACACCCCCUCCCUCUCUCCCUGCACCCCAGUUUUGUCUCUCGUGUGCACGGUGUGAACCAUUGUCCUUGGUAUCCACUCCACCCCCAAAAACAAGAUCCAUAUUUCUGUGUGUUCUAGGAAACAAAUAUUUCUCCUCCAGUUUAAUAGAAAUGUCAAAAUAACGGACAAAAACAACUUGCAAAAGAAUCAAACAAAUGAAAACAACUACCUAGAAAAGAAUCAUCUCUUUUUUUCCUGUUUGGUUUUAAGUUUCAUUUUUUUGGUUGGGUUUUCAGAAAUGCCACCGCAAAAGAAAGCAGGGUGAUGGCGCGAACGUAAAGAAAUAAAAACAACAUUACUGUUACUACAGCCGCCGCCGCUGCUGCUGCUGAUGUUGCCGACAAUGAUCGUGUCACGUACAGCCCAUAACAGACCUGUUCUGCCCGAGUGUCUCUACCGGAGAUCAGAUCAGCAGCUGCUCUGGCCUGUAUCUGCCUCAGAACAUUCUGGAAGGGGAACUGGAAAAUGACAACCGUAGAAAACAUGUCAGAGGGAAUGGAAACCAACACUAAUAAAACAUCUAGAACAUUUAAUACAACCUA